AUGAAAACCGUCAAUGUUUUAUGGGGAAGUAGCGAAAGCCUGGAAUCCGGAAUAAACCUUUAUGAGGAACUGACGAUCUUACCGUUCGCCGAAGAGACAGACUUCUGCCAGGUGGUUGAUGACGAGGAAUCCAGAAAACGUAUAAAGAAACCGCUAGUCUUUGCAGAUAUCCUUGAUGAAGAUGAAGUCGAGAGAAAAGUUUUGCUGUCAAAACCAACAUGUUUCUUAAUUGUGGGAAAACCAUCUGUUGGGAAAAAAACCUUAGGUAAAAGCUUAGCACAGGCAUGGAACUCGGUAUUAGUUGAACCUCACCAACUUAUACAAGAAAACAUGGAUGCAAACACAGAAAUUGGGAAACAGUUUCAGGAAUGCCUAUUUAGGGGUGAGAGCAUUUAUGAGGAACUGAUAAUAAACUUGAUGUUGGACAAACUCCGCUCUCCAGAGGUUGCUCAUAGAGGUUAUGUUUUAUGUGAAUUUCCUUGCCUUUCCGAGAACUACUUGAAGAUUCCAGAACAAAUACAACUCAUAAAAAGUAUAGAUCUAAAGCCUGACUUUAUCAUUAAUAUCAAGUGUCCCGAUUAUGACUUGUGUGAACGAGUGUCUGGACAACGUCAAGAUCCUGUCACGGGAAACGUAUACCAGCAAGAACAGUGGAACCCAGACAAAGGAGAUGUAGAUAAAGCCAAAGCAAAACCUGAGGAAGAAGAGACUGAAGAAGAGGAGGAAUCAGUUGAGGAGCUUGAAGAAGCUGAGGUUUCAGAUGUUGACCCAGGCCUUGUUGCACGUUUAGUGAGAAGACCUGAAGAUCUUCAGACAACUAUUGAAAAACACGUUGCCCUAUAUAAAGACAAAAUGUUGAGGCUUUUAGAGGAUUAUAUGGCUGAUCAUGAUCGACAAAAUAUGAUAGAAUUGGAUGGAAAUAACAAGCCACAUGAAUUGUUUGCGUCAGUGAUGUACAAGUUGGAAUUCCUGGGUCUACAACCUGCAGCUCUAGUACAACCUCUAUAUGAAGAAGAGGAAGAAGAAAUUUCAGAAGAAAUUGAUGAUGUGAGCAAUCUAUUCAGGAGGAAUAAACUUCUGCUAAUUCUCCCUCUGGAGGCUAUACAGCAGUUUCCGGACAUUGCUGUUCUUGCUGACCAAGUGGUAACUGUUGUCUCCUUCUACAUUGACUUUGCGGUGCCUCAAGAGUGCAAAGGCUCCAGCAUUAGUGUUGUCCAUUUUUGCAGCUAUCUGGACAAAAUGUAUUUCCUUUCAUCCGAGGAAACUUUGAAGAAGUUUAUCACAAAUCCUCGACCAUACCUUCUCCCUCCACAGCCUCGUCCACCUUGUAAAGUUGCAAUAUUGGGUCCAAAAUCUGCAGGAAAGACCACUCUCUGCAAAUUGCUUGCACAGAAAUAUGAUGCAAAGGUUCUAGACAUGUUUGAGCUUUUGGAGCCACUACGACAGAAAUUGAAGUUUGACCAUAUUGAACGAAUUCGGGCAGAAGCACUGCAAUCAGCACUCGCUACUGUUAGAGAGAAUCUGGCAAAAACAAUGUUAGAAGAAGCUCAAGCUGAAUUUGAACGGCAAGCAGCUCAGGCAGUUAAAUUAGAGAGCGUAACCAUAGCUGAAGAAGAUGAGGAGAGUGGUGAUGAAUCAAAAGAUACUGAUGCAGUAAAAUAUAAAGUACAGUCCUCUGAUGAUGUACCGAAAGUACCUUUUGACAUUGAAGCUGUAAAACAACAAUUGAAAAUUCCAGAGGUGACUGAGGACCACCCAGAUAUAAAAGAAAUUGUGAAUAAGGCUGUUCAGAAUGCAAUGCAAGAUGAUUUCCAACUGCCAAUGAAUGACUACAUGGAUACAUUGUUAAAAUCUAUUUCAGAGAUUUUGGAAGAACAGAAAGUGAAGAAUCCUGAUCAUCUUGUGGCUGGGGGUUGGGUACUGGACAAUUUCCCAGAAACAUUGGAUCAAUGUAGAGUAAUGGUAGAGCUAGGUUUUGCUCCUGAUAAUAUAUUCAUGCUACAUAAUGCUGUAGAUGAUGGAAAAUUCUUGCUGAAUAGAUUGUAUAAUUUAAAUAAAGAUCUGAUUGAAAUCAAGAUGAUCCAUAGACUGAAAGAGGCAGAAGAGAAAAAUAAACGUGACAGAGAAGCAAUGUUAGCAGCUGGAGCAGAGAAUCCACAAACAGAGGUAAAAGGAGAAAAUGAAGCUGAUGAGGAAAUGAAGGAGCUGGCUCAAUCUAAAUCAGACGUUGAGAUUUAUGAAGCACAAACCUCUGCAGAAACAGAUCAAACUGCAUCUGAUCAACAAACUACAAUUAAGCCAGAGCCUACAAUAGAGUUGGAACACUCGCCUGUAUCUGAAACUCAAAUAGAACCAGAACCUGAAAUCACAUUACCUGUGGUUCCUGAGGGAGGUUAUCCAGAAAGUCCAGAAAUGGAUCAUUAUCGCAAGAUUGUCUCUGAUUACAUAAAUAGCUUCAGUGCAAUUGAAGCAGUGCUUAGCACAACUCUAUAUAAAAUGUUGGAGAUUGCGGAGAAAACUCCAGAUGCUCUUUUGAAAGAAGCUGUUGAAAUUAUGGAAAAACCCUUUAAGUACUAUGGCUGGGAAUUAUCUGGUGCAGACCUUGAUGAAGAAGAAGAAGAUGCUGAAGUAUUCACAGAAGAAGCAGAAGAGGAAGCUGAAGAAGAAGAGGAGGAGAAUGAGGAAGAGGAAGAAGAAAAUGAAGAUUUGGCCCAACGAAAAAACAGACAGAUGGGUGAAAGUAAACAUUACUGUCCUGUGGCCUUAAAAGAAAAAACAGUCCUUUAUCCAGGUGAUCAAGAUUGUAGUGCUAAAUAUCGAGAAAAAUACUAUUAUUUUUCUCAUCCAACUGCUAGAGACGAGUUUUUAAAGAAUCCAGAAGAAUAUGUAAAUGCAAAUGAACCUCUAAAGCCACCUCCACUGAGAUUAUUCGUGUUUGGGGCCAAAGGAUCGGGUAAAACAAUCAAUAGCAGAUGGUUGGCAAACAAAUUCAACAUCUUUCACAUUCAGUUCGUUGAAUGUCUUCAGGAGCUACUUUUCCCUAAAACUAAGAAAAAGAUUGGGCCUGAAUAUGAUGAUGAACCAACAGAAGAAGAACUAGUUGAAAUAGCAACAAUUGCAGCACUUGAAAAGGGUGAACCAGCUGAAAAUAUUGAGAUUGAAAAUGAAAAACCAGAGGAAGAAGAAGUGGAGUAUACUGCAGAAGAAGAAGCAAUGAAAGCAUACCUACUUGAAGAUGAACAAUUGCCAUCAGAAAUCCUUGAUAACCUUAUUCCAAAGUGGUGGAAUGAAGAACCAUUCAAAUCUACAGGGUUUGUUCUAGAUGGGUUUCCCACUACAUCAGAGGAAGUUCAAUACCUGAUAAAAAAUAGUUUGUUCCCAGAUGCAAGCAUUUUCAUUAAGGUUGAAGAGAGUAAUGUGAUAGAUUGGAUCCUUCCUUCAAAACUUGAAAAAUGGAGAGAAAAACGCAGACAAAAGCUCAAACGCAAGAAUAAAAUAAAAGAAUUAAAGAAAAAAAUAAAGGAUGAAAAAAUUGAAAAAAGAAGGCAGGAACUUUUGGCAGAGCGAGCUGAAAAAAAGAAAGAAAAUGAGGCGUAUACAUUUGAACAAGCCUCAAAUGAAAGUGAAGCUACUGACGAAGAAGAUGAGGAAAACAUUGAGGAAAUAUUAGCAGAUGAGUUUAGCGUGGGGGAGGAAGAGGAAGAUGAAGAGGAUGAAGAAGAGGAGGAUGCUAUUGAACGAAUGAAAACUGAAAUUGGAGAAAAAUAUGAGGCAGAUCAUGACAGAAUAGAGAUACUUCGGGACCAACUCAGAGAGAGUUUAAUACCAUGCAUUGUAAUAGAUGGAAAACGCAAACCUCACAUUGUCCGCUACAAGCUGAAUCAGAAAGUGGAACCACUUGUGAUAAAUCGUGAUAGCCUGUUUGAAAAAUGUUUCCCAGUGAACAUAAGACUGGUUCGCAAGAUAUUGGCAAAUUCUUAUAAACUUUUGAGUAGUUUUGGCCUCUGGGAUGUUGUUGAGUUAAGCAAAGGAACUUCAAUUCAACCUAUCCUUGAUAUGUACCAAAAUGUCUUCCCUGUUAUCCACCGCAAGUACGUGUAUUACUUUGUUACCAAGGAGAACAGAAACAAAUUCAUGGCAAAUCCUUUCAAGUAUAUUUCCCAGACUAAACCUAGGCCUGUUAUACCAAUCAAGAUUGCCAUUUUAGGACCACCAAAAUCUGGGAAAAGUACAGUGGCUAGGAGAUUUGUCAGUGAGUUUGGAGUUCUACGCAUUUCAGCAGGAGAAGCUGUUCGCACCAUUCUGGCCACUCAGAAGAAAACUGAGCUGGCUAUUCACAUCUUGAAACAUCUGCAAAAAGGAUUGGUAGUACCAGAUGAAUUUGUUAUAAAAUGUAUUGAACUCAAACUAAUGGAUGUCAUAUGCAACACAAGAGGAUUUGUCCUAGAUGGCUAUCCAGUGACCAAACAGCAAAUAAAUCUCAUGAACAAUUGUAAAAUAAUACCUGUUAAAAUUAUAGAACUGCAAGCAGAUAUAAAAGAGAUUUUGAAAAGAGGUCUCAUUGACAGCAAGUCACCAGACAGGACCUAUCCACUCCAUGACAGUUCUCAAAUUCUGACUGUUCGAAACUCAUCAUAUACUCAUGAGAUUAGUGCUAUCUGGAAAUAUUAUCAAGUGGAGCAUCAAAACUGGCACAUCAUUUAUGCACUGCAUAGCAAAUGGUGGGUGUGGGAAAAAGUGCUAGAAAUUGUUAAAAGCAGCGUGAAACAGAUUGAACUAUAUCUAGAAAGAAUACAAGAAGGUAAAGCUGCCUGUAUUAUUGGUCUGUGUAUCACUCCCAAGGAACUAAAGUCUCGAUUUGGAGCGUUUCAGCAAUAUUGCCCUGUUAGCCUUCAGUUGCAUGGAGAACUCGUAGACUGUUCUAUUGAUCCGUCAUUAGAAUUUGCAGCAGAAUUCCGAGGAUAUUACUAUAAAAUGGCAUCAAAGGAGGCUCUAGAUAUGUUCUUGGACAGUCCAGAGGCAUUUGUACCUCCAAUAGCUUCUAAAUCUCUUCCAACAUCUGAAAUGCUACCCAAAAGGCUUACUGCAGCUGGAGUAAAAGCCAGAUUUCCUAAACAGGCAGAAUUUAUGGGCUAUUGUCCAGUCACAUUUGUGGAUGGAAAACUGAGAUAUGAAGCAUUGAUCCCUGGAGUCAUUGAUAAUGCUGCUGAGUACAGAAACAGAAUAUACCUUUUUCAGGAUGAGGAACAGCUUGAAAAGUUUAUGCGACUUCCUGACAAAUACUGGGAUCUAAUACUCCCAAAUAAACUUCCACCAGUAAAGGAUCCAGUUCUUCCCACUUCACUUCCAAUGCUUGGAUACAUGGAACAAGGUGCAGCAUUAUCAAUAAUCAAAGCAUUGACGGCUGUAGGUUGCCUGAAGCCAAAAUAUCCCUUCUUGAGUGUGAAGAAAUCUGCACUACUCUACGUUUUUUAUCAUCUGAAAGCGUACAAUCCAAACAGCUUUGACUAUGUGAAAAAGAAAUACAGAAAGAAGUUGGAGCAGUAUGAAGAACAUUGUGAACUUAUCCGUUACCUCGGAUCAAAGAUGACCAGAAAGUACAAGGAGCCCAAAGAUAGACCUAUUGACUUUGAUCACAAGUUACAAAAGUUCCUAUCACUCAAAAACUUGGAUCCUACAGUAACUGGAGUUCCUUAAGAAGAUUUGCCUUCACUAAACCUGUCACUAUUUUUGAAAUUGAAUUAUCUAUCAGCCAGCAAACAUUUUUCUUCGAGUCACACAUUCUUUAAUACCUGUCAGUUCUUCAAGAAAUGGUAAAUGCCACACUGUUAAUUAAAGAUGUUUUUGUAUCACAUUUUAGAAAAGUCCGCAAUGUUGCUUUUCUUUAUAUUUAUUGUCUCCAUGGCAUUAGCUUUGACCCUACAGAAGUGGACAAUCACCUUGCUCCUGUGUAUCUUACAAAUUUUAUUACCUCAUUAGUAGCUAGAAGGCAUGUAAGAGCAGCCUAGUGAUGCUUGCUUUGUUUCUUCCCCUAAUUGCUCUGAUUAAGUACUUACUCCCUGUCUAUGUUAACCCAGCUUUGAUUUUAUUUUGCAGAGAAUCACAGCCAUGAAACUUUCCUGUUCUAAAGGAGUGAUUAAUUUGUUUCAUAAUGCACCUGCCUAGUAGACGGGCUUUGUGUUGCAUUCUUACCUCUAAAGAUUUUCAAACUUUUUUUGCUUUAUUCUGCUCAUAAGCUACAUUUAAA